AUGGUUGACCAAGCAAGUGGAUACAUAAAAGUGGGUUUCACCAGUAAGGAUCUAUAUAACAUGAUGGAUUUCGAGCGUCGACAAGUGGUAUUGGAUGGUGAUGCACAAGCAGCAAUAAGCUACAUGAAUGCCAAGGCAAUAGUGGACUCGCAAUUUUUUUGCAUGUUUAGUGUAGAUGAGGAGAAUAGAUUGGCAAAUUUGUUUUGGAGAGACUCUCAAUCUCUACACGAUUAUUGUUGCUUUGGGGAUGUGGUGAUACUUGAUAGCACGUACAAAACCAACGUAUAUGACAAGCCUUUAGUGGUGUUUGUUGGUGUAAACAACCAUAACGCGACUACAGUUUUUGGUUGUGCAUUUCUUGUUGAUGAGACUGCUGAUACAUAUCGUUGGGUACUCAGAACUUUUUUGACUUCUAUGAAGGACAAGAAGCCUGUAUCUAUUGUCACGGACGGGGAUGACGCAAUGCGCGUAGCGAUUGAUGAAGUUUUUCCCGAUGCACAUCAUCGUUUAUGUACAUGGCACAUCAUGAGGAAUGUGAACACCAAUGUGAAUAACCCAGAAAUAGUAAGGGAGUUUAGCUAUUGUGUGCAUGGUGGUUUGACAUCAGUGGCGUUCGAACAACAUUGGCAGCAAAUGAUAGAUACGUAUGAUCUAAAAGGCGAUUGGAUCGAGAUGAUGUAUCGUAAACGGAAACGAUGGGCUGAAGCAUACUGCUCGGGGCAUUUUUUUGGUGGGAAUACCACCACACAACGUGUCGAGGGUAUGCAUAAGAGCUUGAAGGAUGGAAUUGGUAGAGGCAUGAGGUUAGUGGAGUGUAUUCCACGGAUUGAAAGAUCGUUAUUGAGGUUGAGAAAUGAGAAUGUGAAGGAUGACUUUGAUUCCAACAAUUCACAUCCACUCCUUUCGCACGCACCUCCGAUCACUAGAGGAACAUGCAGCUUCUAUUUUCACUCACGACAUUUACAAGUUGAUAAGAAAUGA